GUCAUGACGACCGUGAAACAUCAAGCUCAUGGUAGCACCUUUCAGAAUUCAUCGUAAGUUGGGCCACAGUAACCAGGUACACCCCCAAAAAGUAAACAACAAAUGGAAGCGACUUACAAAACAGACCAAUUGCGAGAGAAAACCCCCACUUUGGAACUGCGUCCUGUCACACAGCUUCCGGAGAACACCAACUGCCUUGCAUGCUCAGAAGAUGGCAGGUUCCUCGGUCUGGGUCACUCCCGAGGCUUGUCUGUGUGGUGCGCAUCUUCUUUGAUCUGUGUUUCAGAGUGGCUGCAGGACAGCCUGGAAAUUACAUCUGUUCAAAUGUCCAGAAUAGGUGAAAUGACCUAUCUGCUUGGUACUGUUGAUGAUAUGGGUGUUGCCAGAGUCUUUGCACAUCACUUUGACACCAUUCACCUCCUUGAUGUUAUUAACGUCAUGGAAGAUAUCAACAAAAGGAGCAUUUGUCUGACGUUUGAACUACAUGAAGGAGGGCAUUAUGGAGCAGCAUCACUUAGCUGCAAUGAUGCUGUUUGGCUUGAGAUCUAUCACUUCCCAUCAGCAGUCUGGCUGGAAGAGUUAGAAAGGGCAUUAUCAAAGAAACAGGAUCCAAACUCAUCUGGAGAUGUGGAUGUGAAAUGGUCUCCAGUUACAGUGAUGAUCAAAAUCAAGCCACCCAAAAUUCCCAUAGGAAGGGCAUUCAGUGGUCCACCUGAAGUCUCACAGACGACAGACUAUUUGACACGCUGUUUGGCUCUGGACGUCAUCAUGAGAAGCAGUCGUCAGUGGCAGAAGUCAUCUUUCAAUGCCGAAACAGGAAAAACAAAGGAAGCAAAUGAAAGCCCAAGACGGUGCACCCAGCACUUUCUUCUGCCUUGUGGGCACUUUCCUGGUUCCAGUGAAGCAAAUUUUCAGCCAGGUUUGCCCGUUGCUGUCGCUGUGUGGUGGAGUGGCAGCCAGAAUCUCCUCCAGUAUGUGCUGCAAAAAGCACCAAAGAACAAAGCAGCAGAUGUGGAGUCCAUGCCAGCUGUGUUGUGGCCAAAUGCAAAGGAAAUCCUCUGCUCAGCUGUUAGUAGAUACACCCGUUACAUAGCUCUGGGCCUUGAUGAUGCUCUGGUGUGUGUCUGGGACAGGCUGUCUGGGGCUCCGCUAUCCGUUGUCCGAGUUCCAGUAGAAAACAGUGCCAUCAUCAGGAUGCAGUUUGUGGAUUACUGGUCUGUGUCUGCUGAUGAUUCCGAGACUUUCGCUGCAGAGAAAGUCCAUCUUUUACUGCAGUGUAAAAGUGGAGAAAUUCACACAGUGACCACAGGACGAGGGACUCAAUCCUGCACAAUGCAACUCAUUGAAAGGCCAGAAGACAACAGAGACCUGCCAUCCGUCAUUAUGCCAGUACCAUUUCUACAGGGUUUGUCACUUGUACUGCAAAGAAAUGGAAAAAUGUUCCUCCAAGAUGUCAUCAACAAAACCCCUGUGUGCUUCUUGACUCUUCCCACAAUCCAUCUGGUUACGACUCCCUGCAGUCCUGUUUAUGCACUGAGCACCACACAGCACACUCUGUUUAUACGAGGUGACCAGGACAGCAGCUGCAGUGUUUCUUCUGAGGACAGCAGCCAGAGUCAGCUUUUCAUCUUCCGUUUCAAAGAGUCCGAUGUCAUUCAGCAGUAUGUUGUUUCACAUCCAGACUCUCCGCGACAACAGCAAACACUGAGCUACGUCACUCUACAAGAGAACUGUAAUGCCUACCUCCAGCAAAGAGCUCUGUCUGCGGCUGAAAGGAACAAAGACAUAAGAAAGACAUGGGAGCGGCUACAGGAAACCGCAGCGACAUUACAACAGAAACAGUAGAGCAGCAGCCACCUGAAGAACUGCAAUAAAUCAUCUACUGCAAAAAGAUUCCCAACUGCAUGUUUCCCCUUGACUCACAGUGCUAAUUUACAUGCAUAUAUAGUUUUUGCCAUAUUUGCAGACGGUGCAGAAUAUGGCUUUUUGUUUUUUGAAAUGGAUUCAAAUAGUGAAAAGGAUUUACAAAAAAGUAUCCGAAUCAACUGAAGACAGUCUUCUAAAAGACUGACAGACAUAUUCUUCCGAUAAACUGAUGAUAGAAGAUAUAUCAUGCAGAGCAGUGUUCAAUCCACUAACUGAUUUACAGAGGCUUUAUUGAUUUCAGCUUCACUUCCCGGUGGGGUCACACUGUUAAACACUUUGUGUGUGAUAAGUCGGUAUGUUUCAAGGCGAUUAAGUUGCAGAAAUAUUUUUUCUUGAUAGCUGAUGGAUGAUCUUUCUACGGCAACACCUUAAUUAAUCUCCAGUUUUUAUUUUAUUGUAAAAUCAAACAGAUUUCAGACACUGAUAGCAAAUUUGUCAUGUGAACAUCAUUGUGUGUUUAUCUGUGGUACUGGGAGGCCAUAUCUAAACUGUAUUCUGGCUGGUUACGACUGGUUUGAACUCAGUCAUGCCUCGCUUUUGUUGCUUUUGUGGCCUUUGAAUGUUUCAUGUGUCAUUUUCAAAGGACACCAAAAAGGAAGGAGAGGGUAGAGAGGAUUUUUUUUUUUUUACUUUGAAUUGUAAUAUACAUAAAAUUGCAAAUAUAUUCAGACACUUUCAGUUUCAAGGUCAUUUUUUGCCAAACAACCAAGUGUAGUUGAGUGCUGCAGUUUUAUGACACUGACACAUUCAGAAAAGGGGGGACACAAUGUCUGAAUUUAAUGAGGGUGACAAGACAGUCAAGGAUAGGCGGACUCAAAGAUUUGAGCUUACAUUACUGGCACAACCGUAAAUGAAGUCUUGAACGGUCAUGUGGGAGUCGUGUUCGUUUCACAGACUUCUUUUCCACCAAUAGCAGUGCCUCUGCUAUUCUUUGCAAACACAUAUUUAUCUGCAUUGCCGUGUCAUUUGUAUUUGUUUUCAGUGGUCAUAUCAGAUCAUACUGUGGUGCUCUCUGUGAAUGGAAACAGAUACUGAUACUGAUUUUAAUAUCUGCUUCAAAGCCUAAUUAGAAUUUCUAUAAAGCUUUACAGAGAAUUGAUUCCAAAGGGCCAGGUGCUCUAUGCAGAGAGCUUGGCAUGUGUAUGUGUCAGAAUCAGUUUUGUACCUUUGAAAAGAACCAGUCAGAGGCAGAGACUUUACAAAGGUUUGUUUUUAUUAAAAAAAAAUCUGUAAAGGCACUUUUUUUCAUUCCCAGAGCCUUGGAAUUCAUUGUAAUAUUUGUCCUUUUUGCAAAUUUUUUUAAUCCCUACAAUAAAGAGACAUUCUUUGGCAAAAGCUAAGACACAAACAAAACAGCAUAAAUGAUAUGGAGUUAGAACAGUCUCAUAAUUCACAAAUGCACACAGAAGAAUUCACAAAUGUAAACUGUAAUCCACAAAUGCACACAGAAGAAUUCACACAUGUGAACUGGGAUUCACAAAUGUAAACUGCAAUCCACAAAUAAAUUAAGAAAGUUCACAAAUGUA